CGCGAAUUCCGCGAAGUACGCCGCGCAAGUCGACCGACGAUCCUGUCGUAGGCUCACAAGGGCAGUCGAGAGCACGUCGGUAGACCGUUGAAGGAUCUGCAGACAGAAUAGUAGGGUCUGCACCGACGCAAGAUGUCGCCAGCGCCGCCCUUUGUGGCCAGUGCAGGGCAAUCGUCUCAGUCAACGAUCGAUUCUGCAGCAGGCUUGAUCGCCCUCCUGCAAGAGACAGAGGAGCCCGAGCUGCAGAUCUACGCCAUGCAAGAGCUCGAUUCAGUCCGCGUGCUCGAUCAGGUCUGGCCCGAGCUCGUCGACCAUCUCUCGACGCUCGAGGUCAUCUAUGAGAACGCAAGUUUCCCUGCAGACUCGCGAGCGCUGGUGGCUUCGGUGCUCAGCAAGGUCUACUACCAUCUCGGCUCAUACGAUGACGCGCUCGACUUUGCACUCGCUGCUCAUCCUCGAUUCGAUCCCCUCGUACAGACUGGCGAAUACGUGGAGACCCUCCUAGCGCGAUGCAUCGACGCCUACAUCGAAGAGCGUCAGGUACUCUCCGCUGAUCCCGCCAUCGUCGCUCCACCUGAAGCCGUCAAAGGCAAGACGAAUGGCGCGACGAGUCUCAACGGUGCAUUUGGUGCCAAUGGCCUCAACGGAGCUGCAAAGACCGGUCAGCGUUUUCAACAGAUGGAGAGGAUCGUCGAGGGCAUGCUCCAAAACUGUAUCGAUCACAAGGACUAUAAGCAGGCUAUCGGACUCUCGAUAGAGACAUACCGCUUUGACAUUCUCGAACGACUCUUGACCCAUUCCGGACAGCCUCAGCUGCUCUCGUAUGUGCUCCAGACCAUCAUGACAGUCUCGCCCUCGCUUGCCACUCGCUACACCGUCCUGCGCCUUUUAUUGAAGAUCUUCGGCCAAAUGGAGCAUCCCGACUAUUUUGCGCUGACACAUUGCUUUGUCCACCUCAACGAUCCACAGCUGGCUGCCGAGCUCAUCAAGAAAUUGCUCAGUGCGGCCGCAAAGGAGAAGAAGCAGCCGGGCGAGAAGGCAUUGAUUGCCUAUCAGGUCGCUUUUGAUCUAGCGGAGACCGCAACGCAAGACUUCCUGGGCAAGGUCCGAUCGGCACUCGGUCUAUCCACUGGCUUGACGUCGACGCAAGAUCUAGCGGGCACUGCAGCUGCGCCUGCCGGUGAUGCAAUGGCAGUAGACAGCGAGGCAGCAGCCGCUGCUUCGGCUUCGGCUACAGUCGCACUGGCCGGAGCAGCCGCAAAGAGCGAUUCUCUGAUGACUCGCAUUGAAGCCAUUCUGACCGGCGAAGAGUCGAUCAGUCUGUAUGUCGAAUUUGUCACCCGUAACAAUAAGGCCGACCUACUGAUUCUCCGGAAUACAAAGGAUGCUCUGGAAGCCCGCAACUCUUUAUACCAUUCUGCCGUAACAUUCUCGAACGCCUUUGCCCACGCAGGCACAACUUCCGACCAAUUCCUGCGCGACAGUCUGCCGUGGCUUGCCAAAGCAUCUCACUGGUCGAAAUUCAGUGCCACAGCUGCUCUUGGCGUCAUACACCAAGGCAAUCUCUCUCAGGGUAUGGCCAUCGUCCAACCAUAUCUGCCUUCGCUUGACGGCACAUCAACCAGCGAAUAUUCUGAGGGCGGCUCGCUCUUUGCGCUCGGCCUUGUGCAUGCAAAUCACGGAAGCGAAGUGACCAAUUUCCUGAAAGAUCAUCUGAAGAACGCAAACCAGACGAUCCAGCAUGGUGCUGCGCUCGGUCUGGGUGCGGCAUGCAUGGCGACGGGCAACGAAGAUGUAUACGACGCACUAAAGGAUGUCCUCUACCACGAUGAUGCAGUCGCGGGCGAGGCAGCUGGUUAUGCGAUGGGAUUGGUCAUGCUCGACACAGCUUCCGACAAGGCCCUCGAUGAGAUGCUUCAGUACGCUCACGAAACUCAGCACGAGAAGAUUGUCAGAGGUCUGGCUGUCGGUGUCAGCUUCCUCAUGUAUGGCAAACAAGACCUCGCAGAUGCGCUCAUUGAGAGGCUCAUGGCCGACAAGGAUCCUAUCCUUCGUUACGGAGGCGUUCAUACAAUCGCACUCGCAUAUGCAGGCACUGGCAACAACAAAGCGAUUCGCAAGCUCCUGCAUUACGCCGUGUCUGACGUAAAUGACGAUGUCCGCCGAUCGGCCGUCACUGCUCUCGGCUUCAUCCUCUUCCACAACCCAUCGCUAGUACCCAAAGUGGUACAACUUCUCAGCGAAAGCUACAAUCCGAACGUCCGAUACGGCGCAACACUUGCACUCGGUAUAUCCUGUGCAGGUACAGGGCUUGAGGAAGCGGUCGAUCUGCUCGAGCCGAUGACCAAAGAUCCCGUCGAUUUCGUCAGACAAGGCGCCUGUAUCGCGCUUGCGAUGGUCUUGAUUCAACAGAAUGAGACGCUUAACCCACGCGUAGCGGCAGUGCGCAAGAUCUACGCCAAAAUGAUCUCAGACAAGCAUGAAGAUCCGAUGGCCAAAUUUGGCGCUGCACUCGCCCAAGGUCUCAUCGAUGCAGGCGGACGCAACAUGACGAUUUCGAUGCAAAGUCGGUCGGGUAGCUCAAAUAUGUCUGCAAUUGUCGGCAUGGUGCUCUUUACCCAGUUCUGGUAUUGGUUCCCAAUGGCACAUUUCGCCUCACUAUCCUUCACGCCGACGGCGAUCAUCGCUGUCAACGCGGAUCUGAAAGUACCGCAGUUCGAGCUGGUCUCGAAUGCCAGACCGUCUUUGUUUGCGUAUCAGCCAGCAACGAAGCCGCCGGAGAAGAGUGAGGUCGAGCGUGUUGCAACAGCAGUGCUAUCGACGACUGCCAAAGCGACUGCUCGUGCAAAGACAAAGGAGAUUGAGAAGGCUGCAGCAGACGACACGAUGGAUACGAACGCAGACGAAGCAAAGAAAGCCGGAACCACGAAAGAAGACGAAGCUAUGGCCACAGAUGAGGCCGCAGCAGUAGACAGCAAAAAGGCAGAAGAGACUACAAAGGAGAAGAAGAAGAAAGAAGUCGAGCCUAGCAGCGAGAGGAUACAGAAUAUGUCUCGCGUGCUUCCAGCGCAAUUGCCGUACAUCGCCUUUGCGGACGACUCGCGCUUCGAGCCUGUACGGUCGCUCGUACCAAGCGGAUCGAUAAGCAAGUCAACCCAUGUUUCGGCCAAGUCAGCCCACAAGAAGAGCGCACUACCUGCUGCAUCAGCUGCCGCUGCCGUACUCGCCGAGGUUGCUCUGCUCGGCGGUGCUUUAGGGGGCGGUAUCAUCGUUGUCAGCGAUAAAAGGCCGAAUGAGCCUUGCGAGUUCAUCGAUAUGACUGCAGGCGCGCCGACGACAGCGGUGACAGAGCCUGCAGCCGUGCCCGCAGCUCCGACGAAUGGUGCAGAAGCGGCUCAACUCAAUGCGCCCAUCGCGCCCAUGCCAGAGCCAUUUGAAUACGAAUUUGAUGAUGCGCAAUAGAUCAAUGCAUGAUGUCAAAGCUAGAUCA